CUCCCAACUCGAAUCCCAUCUCUCCUCUACCGAUUAUACCCAAUUCCCGUCGUACUCGAAUUGUUCAGCUCAUUUAUUGCCCCGUGCAUCUUCCAUCGUCAGCAUGGGGUCCGAUCCGCAGUACCUCAAGUACCCCAACCUUGGCCUCGCCCAGCAUGUCUUCAACAUCUCCAACCCAUCCUGCCCCAAGGCCCAACAGCAGACGUCAUUACAGAAGGUCCAAGAUGCCAUCUCCGAGAAUAAGAUGGCUCCGUUCUAUCGGCAUCUCGCCCACCCCGUCGAGGGCAUCCUAAAUUACACCGGAGAAGGGGUCCCCCAACAGCAAGGGAAGGUCCUGAUCGCGUCGAACAUGUUGGCCUCCCGGAAGACUCCCCGCCAGGUUGAUAUGCCUUGGGAUGAGUCUCUAUAUCAGUCGUUUGUGGAGGAGAACCGGAAAGAGCUGGAUGCGUUCCAGAAGGAGGAGGAUGAGGCGGAGGAGGCCGCGGGGGAGACGGAGGUGUUGGCCGCCCAGGGGAAGCGGGCUGAGUUCUGGGCCCGUGUAGGGGAUAAGGACAAAGCGAUCGAAUCCCACGAAACCCUCCUCGAGAAGACGACAUUCUUGGGCACCAAGAUUGACCUGGUGAUGGCGAUGAUCCGUAUCGGGCUCUUCUUCGGGGACCCCCUCUCGGUCAAGAAGAACAUCGAGCGGGCCAAUACCCUCAUCGAGAGCGGUGGUGAUUGGGACCGCCGGAACCGCCUCAAGGCCUACAAGGGACUCCACAUGCUCACAAUCCGCUCCUACAGUCUCGCCGCCCCUCUCCUCCUCGACAGUCUGUCUACGUUCACCAGUUACGAACUGUGCAGCUACUCUUCCCUCGUCAUCUACGCCGUCCUCGCGGGCUCCCUGUCCCUGAAGCGCGUCGACUUCAAGGCCAAGGUGGUGGAUGCGGCUGAGAUCCGCGCGAUCCUUGGAUCGGCCGAGGACCGGGCGGCUGCCUUGACCGGGGAAGUCUCCUCUGGACAGGGUGCUCAGGAUGAAGAUAUGAACGAUGCGACGGGCUCCCGCCGCACGGCCGUCAAUCUGACCGCGUUCUCGGGACACUCGGGUGUCCAGGCCGAGGAGGAGGUCCCCACGGACUUCUCCCCCCUCGCCAACCUGGUCAACAGCCUGUACACCGGCAACUACCGGAACUUCUUCCGAGCCCUCGCCGGCGUGGAGGACCAAUUCUUGACGCAGGACCGAUAUCUGUACGAGCACCGUGCCUGGUUUGUGCGUGAGAUGAGGCUUCGUGCCUACCAGCAGCUGCUCCAGAGUUAUCGGGUGGUGGGGCUGAACAGCAUGGCCAGCGACUUUGGUGUCACCGUCGACUUCUUAGAUCGGGAUCUGGCCAAGUUCAUCGCCAGCGACCGCAUUGCCUGCACCAUCGACCGGGUCAACGGCAUUAUCGAGACAAACCGACCGGACGAUAAGAACAAGCAGUACGCCGGUGUCGUGAAGCAUGGCGAUGCGCUGAUCACGAAGCUGCAGAAGUACGGCCAGGCCGUGCGGCUGCGGGGGAGUGAGCGGGGCUAAGGCCUCCAUGGAUGAUGGCACGGAACAGAGGGAGGGGCAGAGCUUGGACUGUUGAUUUGUUCAUUUGAUCUGGAUCUUGAUUAGAGCAAAAGCGAGCGAGGCUGC